UAAAUAUAUUACUUAGUAAAUAUAUACAAUAAUUUUUUUUUAUCAAAGACGCUGAAUGGUGGCCUUGUAAAACUUUUGUUUUGACCCAUUCGGCAGCGAAACAGCCAACGACGUCGUAUCAUCAGCGUUAAAAGGCAGUCGGGUCCCGUAUAAGUGUUCACUCACCCAGCGAGCGACUCGGAUCCUUGUACUCACAUUUCAAGCUAACUGUAAACCCUAGACCAAUUUUCGUCGAUCAAGGAAGACACCGAUCAGAUUCAAAAUGGCGAUGGCGGCAUUGAGGCGUGAAGGAAGACGUUUCGCUACACCUCUACUUUCUCCCAAUCCUGCCAAUGCUCUUCGUUCUUCUCUCGUUCCUUACGAGGAACCGGUUUUGUCAGGAGUUCGAUGUAUUUCAACUCAAGUUGUCAGAAACCGGAUGAAGAGUGUUAAAAAUAUUCAGAAGAUUACGAAGGCUAUGAAGAUGGUUGCUGCUUCAAAGCUUAGAGCUAUUCAAACUAGAGCUGAAAAUUCUCGUGGCCUAUGGCAGCCAUUUACUGCACUUCUUGGUGACACUCCUAGUGUUGAUGUCAAGAAGAAUGUUAUUAUUACCAUUUCCUCAGACAAAGGUCUUUGUGGUGGAAUCAAUUCUACAUCUGUCAAGAUAAGCAGGGCUCUGCAUAAGUUGAAUUCUGGUCCUGAAAAGGAAAAUAAGUAUGUUGUCUUGGGGGAAAAGGCAAAGGCUCAGCUGGUGCGAGAUUCGAAAAAGGACAUUGAACUGAUCAUGACUGAGUUGCAGAAAAAUCCUCUUAACUACACACAGGUUUCUGUGAUUGCAGAUGACAUCUUGAAGAAUGUCGAAUUUGAUGCACUGAGGAUUGUUUAUAAUAAAUUCCAGUCAGUUGUCUCAUUUUUACCAACAGUGUCCACUAUUUUAUCUCCAGAGGUUGUGGAGAGGGAAGCUGAAUCUGGUGGAAAGCUUGGAGAGUUGGAUUUAUACGAAGUUGAAGGUGCUGAGACAAAGGGUGAAGUUCUUCAGAACCUCGCCGAAUUUCAGUUUUCAUGCGUUAUGUUCAAUGCAGUUCUAGAGAACGCUACUAGUGAGCAAGGAGCAAGAAUGUCUGCUAUGGAUAGUUCAAGCAGAAAUGCUGGCGACAUGCUUGAUCGUCUCACUCUUACUUACAACAGAACCCGUCAAGCAUCUAUCACCACAGAACUGAUAGAGAUCAUAUCAGGAGCAUCAGCACUGGAGGGUUAAUUGGAUUAGCCACUGCUUUCUCUGACGGAGACAACAAAAGUCUGUAGUCUUUCCUAGCACCCUGAGUUGACCGUUUAUCAGUUUUGUUUUUUGAAUAAUCUCCUGGUUAACUUUAUUUCUGGGAAACAAAUUGGUUUCGCUGUUUCAAAGUAGUCACAAAUACCUUUUCAUUUUUUUUUUGGCUACGGGGCCUGAAUGGCCGUAACUUGUUCAAGAAAAUUUUCUUGAAAAGCCCCUUUGCUUUAAUAUACAUGUUUUUGGUCUGUACUCUGAAACCCGUACCUUUUCAUCAUGUUUCUUCCCUAUGUAAGAUAUUUAAGUCCAGAAUAAAGUGAUUCUAUUAGCCUAAAAAAAUGGCUAUGAAACAUUUACAACCA